AGGGAGGGAGGGAGGCCGGCCAGGCUGUGUCCUUCCUCUGCCCACCGUUGCCUUUUCUCUCGAGGGAAAGGAGGGAGCUCCCGGUCCCCUCCGCCUCACCCCACCCUUCUUCCCGACGGCCUUUCUCUCGCUUUCUGAGGCGGGCCGCGGUCCUGCUUUUCUCCCCUUCCAGCGCCACCUUCCUCCUUCUCCUCCCUGCGCCGCUCUUGUGCUGAGGCCGAAGGGAAGGAGGAGGAGGAGGCCGCAGCCGCUCUCCUCGUCGCCGCUGAGGAGGAGGAGGUGGGGGGCCAGGCCCUCCUCGGCCUGGCCCGGCUCGGCUGGGCCUGGCCCGGCCUCCUCACCCGAGCCGACCCCUGCCGGGCCUACACCAUGAGGAGGGAAAUGAACGGGGUCACCAAGAGCCGGUUUGAGAUGUUCUCAAACAAUGAUGAGGCUGCAAUCAACAAAAAGCUUCCCAAGGAACUGCUGCUUCGAAUAUUCUCCUUCCUGGAUGUGGUCACGCUAUGCCGUUGUGCUCAGGUCUCCAGGGCAUGGAAUGUCCUGGCCCUUGAUGGCAGCAACUGGCAACGCAUUGACCUGUUUGAUUUCCAGAGAGACAUUGAGGGACGCGUAGUGGAGAAUAUUUCUAAAAGAUGUGGGGGUUUCUUACGAAAGCUCAGCCUACGUGGAUGCCUAGGUGUAGGAGACAACGCAUUAAGGACGUUUGCACAGAACUGCAAAAAUAUUGAAGUUUUGAAUCUGAAUGGCUGCACCAAGAUUACAGAUGCUACAUGUACUAGCCUUAGCAAGUUUUGCUCCAAACUCCGGCAUCUUGAUCUAGCUUCCUGCACCUCAAUAACCAACCUGUCCCUCAAAGCACUGAGUGAGGGCUGUCCUCUACUAGAACAGCUCAAUAUCUCCUGGUGUGACCAAGUGACAAAGGAUGGCAUCCAGGCUUUAGUGAGAGGCUGCGGUGGACUCAAAGCUCUGUUUCUUAAGGGCUGUACACAGCUGGAAGACGAAGCCCUUAAAUAUAUUGGAGCACACUGUCCUGAACUGGUAACUUUAAAUUUGCAAACCUGCUUGCAAAUUACAGAUGAUGGCCUCAUUACAAUAUGUAGAGGAUGCCACAAGUUACAAUCUCUGUGUGCCUCUGGCUGUUCCAACAUCACUGAUGCCAUCUUGAAUGCCUUAGGGCAAAACUGCCCAAGGCUUAGAAUAUUGGAAGUGGCUCGGUGUUCCCAACUCACAGAUGUGGGCUUUACCACUCUGGCUCGGAAUUGUCAUGAGCUAGAAAAAAUGGACCUGGAGGAGUGUGUUCAGAUAACAGACAGCACAUUAAUCCAGCUCUCCAUACACUGUCCACGGCUCCAAGUAUUGAGUUUAUCACACUGUGAGCUCAUCACUGAUGAUGGUAUUCGCCAUCUGGGCAAUGGCGCCUGUGCUCACGAUCGCCUGGAGGUUAUCGAGCUGGACAACUGCCCUUUGAUUACAGACGCUUCCUUGGAACACCUCAAAAGCUGCCAUAGUCUGGAAAGGAUAGAGUUGUAUGACUGUCAACAGAUAACACGGGCUGGAAUCAAGAGACUCAGGACCCACUUACCCAAUAUUAAAGUUCACGCCUACUUCGCGCCCGUGACCCCCCCACCCUCAGUGGGGGGCAGCAGACAGCGCUUCUGCAGAUGUUGCAUCAUCCUAUGACGCGGGAGUUGAUCUACCUUGUGCAAAAAACUGAGUAUUUAAAUUACCCUUCUAGAAGUAACCGUGGACACCAGUAUCUCCAUGAAAAGUGAUGCCGGUGGUCUUUUCGUGAGGGCCUUUUGAAAGAAGGCAAAGCAGCGGGAACUGGAUGCUGAACUCUGUUCCCCUUUUUUGCCCCAUAGCCACACAUGAAAACACACAUGUCAUAGUGUACACACAUACCCACACACACACCUACUUAGUCCAGCAAACUGAAGGACUCUGGAGCUGAGGAGCUGGAUCAGUGGGAUCUUUCUCCCUUUUUUCCUUGUAGGUGGAUUGGUAUAAUGAUGAACCAUUCCUACUGGGCAUGCUCAGAAAAAAAAUCAUGGGGAGGUGGGCGGGCAAGACAGUUGGGAGGGGAUCAUCACACACCUCUGAAAAACUGCUGUUCCUUGGAAGUGAGAAGGAAAAGAUCAUUCUUUUGAUAUUUAAUCAGCAAGAUGGACAAACCCUUCAGUGCAAGUCUGGGGAGAGGGUUGAUAACUGAGGAAGGGAACAGAAAUGAACACUGAAUCUUAAAGUCACUGUCAGAGGGAAGAAAAUGUAAAAAAAAUCCCAACACAAUCCAAGGUUAUAUAUUUUUUAUUUCUUAAAAAAAUCAUCCUUGUGUUAGGGAAUGUUAAAACAGCAGCCAUUGUGAGAUGUUUAUUCCUGCGCUUCUGUAUUUCCUCGUUUUACGUGCCGGCACAUACACUGAGCAUGCUCAUGUUGAAGGUUCAGCGGUUUAUCUUCCGUGUUUCAUAGCAUUUGGCUCAGAGGCUUCCUAGAUUGUUGUGACGAUAAAGCUAGAAAUCUGUAAUGUCAGGUCUGAUUUAUUUUCUUUUGUUUUUUUUUCUUUUCCUCAGUAUCUCCACAAUUUUUUUAAAAAAAGAAAUAGAUGUCUAAUUCUGAAAUUGUAUGAAACAAUUGAACAUAAAAUAUAUGUCAAGGUUAUUUUUUAAGGCAUCUUUUACCACUAGGUUUGAAAAUAUAGCUGUGAAACAGAUGGAUGUUACAAAAGCAAAAGCCCUUCUAUACAGAUUCUUUCCCAGAUUUUUAAACCAAUAAUUCAAGUUGGAGAGGAUGGCAUUUGUUAUAUCAUAGUGUAUGUUCAGAUGUACAUCUAUCAAAGAAACAUAUGACCCUAAAUCAAAAACUGCACACAACUAUAUAUUACUCUGUUUUAAAUAGUAAUUUUCCUGCAUCAUGAGAGCCAUCUCUGAAAGUUCCUCUUUAGUCAGUCUGGUUUUCAUAGCUUCAUAGCCAAAUGGGUGCAAUCUGUUUAGAAGUCGCCACCUUGAUGUGAAAAUUAGCUAGAUUUAUCUAGUUCAACACUAAAGGGUAUAACAAUAUAUUUCAUUUUGCUUUGCUUAAUUUAGAGCUACUUCAUCAGAAAGCACUGGAGCCAUUUCAUGGUGCCUUGGAGGCCAAGUUGUGUAGUGGAUGGGUUUUUUUAAAAAAAAAUACAUGCAGAAUAAUAAUGUCAUUCCAGUUUCCUGCAGGCUGAAUUACCAAUUCAACCAUCUAUUGGCUUUGUCCUUCACAAAUUAUGCCCAAACAUAGAUUUUAAAGGCACCUGCCAGUGUGAUGGCUGGAUUACAGAAAGCACAAAGGAGCCUUUUAUAAGGAGAAGUACAGUCCCUAUGCGCAUGGCUCACUUAUUGAUGUUUCUUACAAACAUCCAAUUUUGUAAUUGGAAGCUUCCCAUUUGCCUAUUCUCAUUCCAGUUGUUUCUGAUCUGCUGCUCUCUUUUCUGAUGUGUCGACUCCUUAUGUCCCAAGGCAUGGCUUGCCAAAUAACUCCUUCUCUUCCAACUCAGUUCAACUCCCAAAGAUUUACUCCACUGUUGUGGCUCUCAGAGUGGGAGAUAAAAAGCCAUGUUGGUAACAGAUGAAAAUCUUUAAUGCAGCUUGCCAUGGUACUGUCAGGCUAUGCACAAAUGGGAUAAAAGCAUCUUAAACGUGUAUAGAAUUGUCAAGUCAGUUAAUGUUGCCGGAUUUGCACUGGAUACCAAAGACUGGGACAGGGAAGCUGAAAUAUAGUUAUGGCGAAAGAAACUGGAUGUGUUCUCCACUUUAUCCCUCCUGAUGUUAAAGUGAAAAGGUCUCCAUCCAGAGUUGGAAGCACACUUUGCACAAGUAGAUCGGGCUGGUUCCGAGCGGGUGGUGAGACAGAAGUCUGACCCAGACAGCAUUACAAAUUGUUCAAAUAUAAGGCCAGGUACUCACUUUUCAUUCUCUGCAGCACACAGAUCUUGGAGGACAAUCCUUAGUUAUUUUAACUGGCAGAAGAAUUGGGGGUGGGGAAUACUAUUGUUUUAUGGGAGUUGUCCUGUGAAAUGUUCUCUUAUUUAAGCUAAGGCGCUAAAAAGUUACUUUGGAUUUCAGAGAAUUUGUGUUUCCCUGUGCCCUCUUGAGAAUUAUUAAAUUUAUGCAGUGA